AUGGCCUCCAUCAAGCGAUCCUCUCUCCUGGAAAGCAACCGCAGCCUCCGCAGUGAGGAGGAGAAGGUGCAGGAAUCCCUGUACUGGAAGACAGAGGAGGACGACCUGUACCUGGCCUCCGUGGAGUACGGCCAGGACCUGGGCGUGAACACCACCUCCAAGUCGCAGGGAAGGGCGGCAGAGGAGGUGAUCCGCCAAAGCGAGGAGGGCGAGGAGACGUUUAAGCUCUUCAGCUUCAAGAACUCCGGCACCGUGAACUUCGAAGUCAAAGGAUUGCUGUCGGGCAAUGUGCUUCAGCUUGGGUUGCAGAUGGGCUUCGGGCCCCACUAUCAGAGCCCGCAACAGGUCAUCCCCCUGGUGAACAUCGCGGACCAGUUCGCCUUGAUUUUGAUGGCGAUGCCCGACGACAUCGUGUCCUUGGAGAGUCGCGCCCGGGCCAUCGCCGCGCUGAAGGACUUCUCGCGCGGGGAUGUCCAAGAGACGAAGAGCAAAUCCAAGGCGAACAAAGCGGAGGACUCGAAGGAAGGCUGGUCCUUCGACGUCAACUCACCUCCAGUCGCCUCGGGGAAGCAGCGCGCUGUCCAGGCUGAAGAUCCCCUUGUGGAGUGCCAGGGGACUCACGUGGAGGGCAGCUUCUCAUGCUCGCACCUGCAGGAAGCGGAUUGCGAAAGCUACUUCGUGACAGAUGGGCUUAGCCACAUGCAGUGUGCCUGGGUGGACGGGAGAUGCCUGAGUAUGGGCACUGCCUGCUACACGACCACCAGUACCACAACCACGACAUCAACCACCACGACGUCAACCACCACGUCAACAACCACAACUACCUCUACCACAACUACCUCCACCACAACUUCAACUUCUACAAGAACCACUACAACCACCAUAACCACUACUACACUUGCCAUCGAUGCCCCAUCUCCCACCGAACUCGAACACGGCUUGGAGUGCGACUACUUCUACGACCAGGCUCAGUGCAAUGUCCCGGACCUCGCGUCCUUGACCCCCACGCACCGUGAAAUCCUGCCGAAUAUCCACAUGAACCGCGGCAAAUUCCCCUAUGUUCGGCAAGAGGACAAUUUCUGCCUCCGGUGCAAAGGGUAUUUGAGCACCAAGAAGUCGGGCCACUACAAGUUCUACACUGCCUCAGACGACGGCUCUUUGCUGUACCUGAACGGGGCUAAGGUCGUCGACAACAACGGCUGCCACGGUGAACGUGAGAGGUCAAGCGAGGACAAGUACCUUUCGGCGGGUACCUACGAGCUGGUGGUAGAGAUGUGCGACAAUGGUGGCGGCGAGGCCUUCAAGGUGCGCUACGAGGGACCAGAUACCGGUGGCUCCAAGGUCACGGUGCCCGCAUCUGCUCUCAAACACGCACACAAGCGCUUGGCAGAAGGCUUGGAGUGCGACUACUUCUACGACCAGGCUCAGUGCAAUGUCCCUGACCUUGGAGGUCUGACCCCUUCGCACAGUGCAGUUCUGCCGAACAUCUACAUGCACAAGGGCAAGUUCCCUCACGUCAAGCAAGGCGACAACUUCUGCAUCAGGUGCAGCGGCUAUCUGAGCACCCAAACCUCGGGCAACUACAAGUUCUACACCGCCUCCGAUGACGGCUCCCUCCUGUACCUGAACGGCGAGGAGGUCGUCGACAACAAUGGCUGCCACGGUGAGCGCGAGAGGUCAAGCCAUCAGAAGUUCCUUGGACCAGGUAUCCACCGCCUGGUGGUGGACAUGUGCGAAAAGGGUGGCGGCGAGAACCUGAAGAUGCGAUAUGAGGGACCAGAUACCGGUAAUUCCAAGGUUGCGAUACCCACAUCGGCUCUCAAGCACGAGGUGAAGCCUUUCUAUGCGGACGGUUUGGAUUGUGACUACUUCUACGGCAAG